AUGUCAGAGGUCAAGAGAACUAUUAGAAUAACAACUGAGCAACACAUAAUGCCAGACGUUCCUCCAGUUGAAAAUUAUCCAAUGAGAAAAUGGUCCAUUCAAAUAACCAUGCUUGAUUCAGAAGGAAAAGAGAUUCCUGCAAAGAUUUUGGAUAGAGUCACUUAUACUUUGCAUCCUACUUUUGCCAAUCCUAUUAGAGCGAUCAAACAAACGCCUUUUAAAAUCGAGGAGCAAGGUUGGGGUGAAUUCGAUAUACCCAUUUCUAUACACAUUUUGGGAAUUCAUGGCAAAGCUGGUGAGCGUAAAUUCCAGCACGAUUUGAACUUCUUGCAAGAGAAGUAUGUCAACGACCAUGUGGUUUCAAUUCCAGUGGGACCCAAUAAAAACCCUCAGUUGAACAAAAUUCUAACGGAAAGCGGCCGCUUACCUUUUGAUGAUUCAGGUAACUCUUUGGCUGGUGGCGCUUCUGCUGCGGGUGGCAUUAAGAGGAAGUUGGAUUCUUCGAACGGAGCACAAUCGCAAGCAAGUGCCGCAGACAGGAAGAAAUUGAAGGGCGCUUUGAAGGGAAAUGUGGAUUUGGAGAAAUUGGCGAAUGGAUUGAGUAAAUUGAGUGAGGAUGAUUUGAUUGUUGUGGUUCAAAUGGUGACCGAUAACAAGACCAACGAAAUGAAUAUCAAAAAUGACGUUGAUAAUGGAGAAUUUACUAUGGAUUUGUACACUUUACCCGAUUCUUUGUUGAAGAGUUUGUGGGACUAUGUGAAGAAACAUACUGGAGAAGCUUAA